CAACUCAAUCGUUCCACUACGUUACACAGACAACGGUACUAGGACAUAGGAAUUUUCUUCCUGUUCGAGUUACCCAUUGCGCAUGUGCGUGUGCCUUCUAAAGAGUGUACUUGUCAUGGUUCAACAAAAAAGUUGUCUUCAAAAGUUCAAGUAGAAAAGYGGAUUAUAUAUUAUAUGUAUUUCAAUAGACAAGUCAAUCAGAUAUCAAAUCACUUGUGAUUGCAUGCCGCYUCGUUUUCUUCCCUCUCAUUCAUUUCCUCUCCAUUACUGGAUGACGGCRCAUCGAGAGUUAUGAUCGUAAAAAAUAACACCAAACUGAUAUCAGCUUGCAGACUGUCAUUUUAAUUCAAUACCCGUAAAAAAUACGGACUGKACACAGUACACUAACCUCCAAUGUUCCUAUAAUUCUCUGAUCGAUUAUAUUUAAACUGCUUCAGUUAUCCAAACUAUUGCGGGCGGGGUCGUUGCGCUUCACAAAGGCGAUUCCUCUUAUGAAUAUCCGAACAACUUCUACUACRAACAACAAUAUAAAAAAAUUGAAGCUAUUGGUUUGUUUCUGCAAUUAUCUUUUAAUUGAGAUCUGUCGGAUCGGUAGUAUUAUAGACUGGAGGGGUACCUUUAACUUUGUCUMACAGGAAUUUGUUUCUCAGAAUUUUUUUCCUGAAUAUAGUCAUGAUGUAUUCGAAAGUGCGAGUAGUUUGUUACAUAACACUGCAUCAUCUUGGGAACAGCAUUAAUAMCUAUAUUUAGAGAGCACGCCGUGCUUCUCAUGUUUUGCGAAGCGAGACAGUCUCAGACCCUAGUGAUGCCGAUUUGGCGGAAUGCCCACUAUACACACUAUACACGGGCAGUAAACUCGAUCCGUAUCCGAUAGAAUAACAUUGGAAGAAGAAAAGUGAAAGAUAUGCCUGCCCAAUGCCACUGACGCUGAGUUUUAAAGGCAAAUGACGUCAGUGGUAAUAAUGCCAAAUACGAGUGUAAGCAUCAACUUGUUUGUUCUCCAUCCCACGCGAUACGCAAGCUAAUUCAAAACGACAUCUUCACUAAACAUCAUUUCCUCUCACGAUUUCCGCGAAUUCAAUCAGUUAAAAGAAACUUUUGUGUUCAGUUAUGCAGGUUAUAAGAAAGGUAGUCAACAACAAAUCUCUCGGGGGGAGGUAGGGGCGGGGGUUGCAUGUUAUGAUAAACGAUGACGAACGCUUGUACUUAAAAGGGCAUAAGAUUUGCUAUUGUCAUCCGUACCAACGAGCCUUCCCCCCUCCCCUCCCCUCCCCGACCAUUCCGUGAUUAGUCUCCCUCACAAAGUUGAAACAUAUUUCUAAUAGCUAUGCCUGCAACUCUAAGCUAGACAUUUAGAAAAUUGAGCUGGAGCCAAAUUCUUAGACUUUGGCWGUGAUGUGCAACGGAAAACUGCUUUACCUAGUUUGGAAAUUUGCUGUAAUGUAGGUAACAGUAUGAUAGUAAAUAAUGUUUUGAAUUCUGGGAAGCAAACUGAGCUACUCCAGGAUGCCUCAAAUAUUCGGGGACUUUCCUCUCCAUGAAUGUCGCUAUAUAAAAACAUCUAAAGGUCGACGCAAAGCGGAACGAAAACGAUGAGAGUCGAAUUCAUACGGAUCUUUAAUGUGAUUGGCUCGUUGAACUCUUACGCGUGACACGGAAGAUAAUGCCAUGUCAUGUCCAGUAUGYCUUGUGAUMGACAAUCUAAAGCGAAAUCGAACAUUUCAUGCAGRAAAACAUUAAAUUAACGAUGACUCUCUUCACGUCUUUCGUUAUUUCGCGUUUUUGUUCGAGUUCCGUGAAAUUUUGCUUAAGACUUCCCUAGUAACCAACGCUUCCAUCAACAUGACGUACUAUCGAACAAACUAGCACGAUCUCGWAGGUUAGGGGGGAGGGGUGAGAAGGUGAACACGAACGCGCAGAUAUUACGAUGUCAAUCUCAAAAGAAACAUGUAAAAAAGCAGYAAAUUUCGUUUAAUAUAUAUCCUAUACCUUGAAAGUGACUUUCAACUAUAAGAGGUGACUUUGAAGGUGUCGCUUUUUUAUGAGCGAGGAAAUGUGAAACCUACCCUCUCCCCCUACGUAAGUAAGUAUGACGUAAGAGGGAAUUUUCCAUAAUGAUCGACUAGUACUUCCUGUAUAUUCUAACUACUCUGCGAAGCGAGCGAUGAGAGUGUGUUUCUAACGGCUGCUAUAAUUUUAACCGCUUAUAGAUAGCGACGAUGGCGGACGAAGUUGUACAAGAUAUUGCUGUAAAGCAAGARAAGAAAAAUACAGUUCUUGAAGCGGGAGAACGAAUUUAUACGUUAUUCAAAGUCCUUGUAAGCUUGAGCGUGGAGUCUGCUGGCAUUCAGUGGGUUCAACUCAAAGGCUUGAAAGAGAAUACUGAAUUUGCUAAGACUUACAUAAAUUCCCUGUGCAGCCCAGAAUUUAAUUCUAAAGUACCAUUCCCAGAGCAUCUUUUUCAAGAACUUAGUGAAUUCAAAGAUGUGGUAGAGCAAGAUUCUAGGGCUGUUGUGGUCUUUACAUCUACAAAAGAUGCUAUUGUSCAAGGAAGUGAAAUAUCUGUGGUAAUAGCCACAUCUGCUAUUGAGCAAAAAAUAAAAGAACUUGAAUCAAAACAAAAUGGAGUACCGACAAACARUUCUAAUAGUUAUGUUGAACAGGAAAAAGUUCAAAGUGUUCCUGUUUCAAAAAUUGAUCCUUCUCUUAAAGAAUUUGCUAUGAAAUUGGGGUACACAGAAGAUGCAAUCCAACAGGUUCUGAAAAAACAGGCUGGAAAGGAAGUUGACCAAAAUAUCUUACUCCGAGAACUUAUCAGCGUUUCCUCUCCAAGUCUACUUCAAAAGGGGAAAUCUAGUGAUUCAGCCGUGCCUUCUCCUAGCACUCAAGGUUUGCAUCAUAGAACUGARGUUUUUUCUCAUGGUCUUUCGGCUUUUAUGCCUAAUCCAAAUGUAGUUGCAAAAAGCUGGGGGCCUAAAGAUAAAACUGCUCACAGAGGCGAGGUUGUUGCACGUGGUCCUCCAGCUCAAUAUAUACCCACUGGAACACGGCCRACAAUUCAAAAAAGUUGGCCACAAGAACCUAACUCAUUUGAACAAUUUGAUAGAACUAAAUAUGUUGAAAGGCAGCAAGAGGAUGAACCUUUUUUGUACAAUCAAGUAGUUGGUGAUUCAGGGGCUGCAUYGGACUCCUCGUCAGAUUUGAGGCAUAUUGUUAUAGAUGGAAGUAAUGUGGCAAUGAGUCAUGGUAAUCAGCAAGUUUUCUCUUGUCGAGGAAUAAAGCUAUGCAUUGAAUACUUCAAACAACGAGGACACAAUGACAUCACAGUGUUUGUUCCUCAAUGGCGCAAAGAAACACCAMGACCAGAUGCACCAAUCAGAAAUCAGGAGAUUUUAACAGAACUUGAGCAACAAAGAUUUCUUUCRUUCACCCCWUCUAGAAAAGUUAAYGGCAGACGAAUUGUCUGCUAUGAUGAUAGGUUCAUUUUGAGACUAGCUGAUGAAACAGAUGGAAUUAUUGUAUCGAAUGAUAAUUUUAGAGACUUAUUCAAAGAAAAUCCAAAGUGGCAAGAAGUCAUUGAGCAAAGAAUCCUCAUGUAUUCUUUUGUAAAUGACCGGUUUAUGGUUCCCGAUGAUCCACUGGGAAGACAUGGUCCAAAAAUUGAUGAUUUCUUGAGGAAGGGUACAGCUUCUCACAAACGAAUUUGUCCCUAUUUGAAGCGUUGCACUUAUGGGCUUAGGUGCCGYUAUUAUCAYCCUGAGAGGGACCCUAACCGAAACGGCCAAGAAGUGAAGAAGCAAGUUGACUAUCGACAUAGAGUCCAGGACCAAAAUAUGGCUUGGCCACAUGUGGAUAUGCAUGCACGAUCAAGAGGGCAUAACGGCAUACAAGCAUACCCUCCAUAUGGUUAUCAAUACGGUGGCCAACAAGGCAUGCAUUUUAUCCAAGGGCAGGUUAGAGAGGGCCCAUUAGAACUUGAAAGGCACUUCACUUCAUCAACGCCUGAAGCCAUCAUUGAUAGAGAUGGAACUCUUGCUACUUUGAGAAACAUUUUCCCAGAUUCUGAUGAACUGAUCAAUCAAGUCAUGAGAGACAAUCCAAAUGCUAGCGUGCAUCAGCUAGCAGAUAUCCUUGCACCUAAAAUGAAAUAAUUUUAAGGUAAUUUUAAUGUCAAAGUUUUAGUCACAUAAAUUACAAGAGACACUGAGCUACAGUAACUGAAUCUAGUUUACAUAAUGUAUUUUAAUAACAGAACUUUUAAGAGAGCUGUAAUUUAAUGGUAAAAAUAUGGACCUUGAUUAAAUCUCUCUAGAAAAUAAUUUUUGACUUUAAAGCAAGAAAUUGAUUAAAAAAUGUACGAGUAGAAACACGAAGCAAGGUCCAUAUAGAAAACCAUUUAAGCUCAAUAUAGUUUUAAAAUACUAUGAAAAAAGAUCCAGUUUUCGGCCUGCCAAAAAUUAUACAUGUACAUGUAAUUAUAUUUUGUUUUAUAAAAAUGCUCUGUUGUUAUUGAAUUGUCCUUCCAAUGAAUUACCAAAUAGUCUUUCUUAUUUCUAUUUUUAUUAUGAUUAUAUCAUCAUUUGUGUUGGAAGUUAAACAUCAAGUACUUGAAAUUUAUCCAUAAAUGGUAGACUGCACGUUAAAAUAUAAUCAGUUUAAGAAACUCUGGCUGCUAAUAUAUAUAGGGUAGCUGAUAUUACAAAAUACCAAAUUUAAUUUGUCAUUAAACUACUGAUUAUCUUUCAGUGGCCUCACAAUAAUAUGCAUAACUCCAAAGAGUGUCAUUGAUUUGCAAUCAUAUUUGUUAAUAAAAGACCCAAUAACAUGACACUAUUAACAUGCACCCGACAUAAUGAUAUACAAUGUAUGUUAGCAGUCAGACCUUAUUCCACAACAUAUUUUAAUUCAUAAUAAGUUGUUAUCACUAUAUCAUUUUAACUUUUAUAGUCAAAAGAAAAGGACUUAUUUUGGUAUAGCUUUGUACAGUACGAAUAUGCCCUUUGCAAAAAGAGGUUUGAUUAAACGGCGAAUGGCAGUUAUUGUGGGGAGAUUUCACAACUGAAAUAAGGCAUGGUGUUGAUAAUUGAUGGGAAACAACUGAUUUAUUCUGUAAGACAGUCUGUGUUGCAAACGGUCUCAACUCUCAACUCAGUAAGUGUAGCUAUAGUACUAAAUGGUAAAUGAAUCUCCAGUAGAAAAUUGCCAUUCGUCGAUCUCGACAACGWUUWUUGAAUAGGUGUGUUGAGUGACAUCAAAAAACCCAUUUUCUUUUGUGCCUAUUUGACUAUCAGAAUUUAGUAGUCUACUUUUGUUUCACGGGUUUAAUUGACCUCACUCUUAAGAAUGGUUUCCUGCGCCAAUAAGUUGUGGGUAUAGCAGAUGUAAGAAUCGUUACAUUGAUAUGUUAUACUUAUUAAGUAUUGUUCAAUGAUGUUGUUCUCUGUGAGAGCAUUAGAUUUUUUUAUUGUUAAAUGUGAUAGAGAGAAAUAAUAAACGCGCAUUUGAACGAAA